GCAUGUGUGUGUGGAUGUGUGUAUGGUCAUCAGAUGACGUUUGUUUGCAGUCCUCCCCUAUAUCAUCUUGUCCAGAUGUGGGCUCCGUGUUACAGACAACUCGCUUCCAGAGAAGACUGUCACUUCUUGGAUCAGUACUUCCACCAGAGCAGCAGACAUGAACCCAAAAUUAAUUCUUGCACUGGUCCUCGUUCUGCAGGUGUCCACAAGCCUGUGUGAUGUUCCUCCACCAUCCCAGGAACUUGUUGACAAAUAUGAGGCAAUGAAAUCUGUGUUCUACAAGAGACUGCUGAAUGCUUACAGCAAACUGCAGGCCACUGUUGGAGCCACUGAGAACGGACAGGGCGCCAGGGAGUUUUUGGAAGCUAUGCAAGGCAAGCCUGAGCUGCAAGCCCUAGUCAAGGUUGCCAGCGGUGUGGGCUCAGAAGCAGCCCCCUUAGUGGAAAAGGCCCGUAUGACACUCCUGGGUGUGUAUGAACAGUACCUGCGUCCCCACGUCGGCGACAGCCUGGGAAGCGCCAUUGACCAGAUCAAGGUGGUCCUGGAUCAAGUCAUGCCCGCUGAGUAAAGACGACCAACUGGAGCGAACCGCCUGUCAGGAGCCUGUAAUAGAUGAUAACUCAGAAUUUCACCGGUUUAGGCUGAGGAGACAAACGCAACAUGCAGAUUCUUUGCCUCUUUUUAAAUCAAAUGUAUUUGCCUAAUCAUGCAGAGUUACAAGAAUGUCAGUCAUGUCAACACUAUCUGUGUAAGUUCUGCAUGUACAGUACGAUGUGUAUGAUAUACUAACAGAAGCAUGUGUGUGUGACAGUGUAUGGAAGUGUGCAUGGGUUCAAUAAAAUGAAGUAAAAGUGACUGGAAAUGGGUUUCUUUAUUACAACAAUGAAGGUUUAGUUCUUUUAAGGAAAACAGCUAUUUAUGUAAAAGGCUAUUAAACAAAGUUAACUUGUAAAAAUGCAGUCAUGUCAAACUUCCAUCAAUCAGAACUGCACUUAACUUUUUUGCAGUUAACUGAACGUAUGUUGUGCAACACCAUAUGUAGCGUUUGUCACUUUUCCUCAUCUCAAGCAUCUCAGAUAAAGACAAAAACACUCUCUCUCAAUAACACACAUGGGAAAAAAAUACCAACUGAACACAAAGUAUAGUGUCAUUGCUGCAGUCCACACAGAUUAAUCUUUUGUCCAGCUCAGUGACAACCACACAGAGCCAAGUCCUCUCAUCUGUUGGACAUCAAAACCACAAGCUCUCUCACAGUUUGAACCUGCAGCUGGACUCAAACUGACCCGAGUUCUGAGGUCACAAUCAACUUGACAUGUGAUGCUGGAUCACAUUACAGACGGGGAAAAAAAGACCUCCACAUAUCAGACUAAAAAUGUGUCCUCCGGUCUUUAUGUCAGUCAUAUUGAAUUUCUUUUUCUCCAAAAUUAGUAUUCAUAGUUUGUUGGUUCCAAACAGCUUUGGAUUAUAUACAUUUCUUAUAUAGUUGGGUAUCAACUACUAUCAUUUUGUAAUAGAAAAAAGUGUAUUUUCUCAUAAUUGUUAAUUCAUUCAUACCAGAUAAAGUAAAUGGUCUUCGAUGAGUGUAUUUCUUUGUACUGAAUAGCCUACAGUGCUGUUUACUCUUUGGAUUCCUCCACUCAUAAGUGCUGCAAUACCCUUGUUGGUAUUAAGAAAUGUCAGUAUUGACGUGAAUAUGUUCUUAAGCUUGAGCAUGAUGAUGCACACAAUAAAAUAUGUUCAG